CGUUUCUCGUCGUCGACCUCAAGCGUAUCAACAUCGUUCCAACCACAUAGUACAUCCAUCUCAUGGUGUUCGCAAAGAUUCACGUGGAAAACCCUGUCGUCGACCUCGACGGGGACGAGAUGACGCGCAUCAUCUGGCAGUUGAUCAAGGACAAGUUGAUCUUCCCCUUCUUGGACUUGAAGACCGAGUACUACGACUUGGGCGUGGAGCAUCGUGAUGCCACCAACGAUCAGGUGACGCUGGAUGCGGCCCGCGCGAUCUCGCGCCACAACGUCGGCAUUAAAUGCGCGACGAUCACCCCCGACGAGCAACGCGUCCAAGAAUUCAAAUUGAAGGAAAUGUGGAAGUCGCCCAACGGCACGCUCCGCAACGAGUUGGGCGGCACCGUGUUCCGUGAACCGAUUCUGUGCAAGAACAUCCCGAAGCUUGUGCCUGGGUGGAAGGAACCGAUCAUCAUCGGUCGCCACGCGUUCGGUGAUCAAUACAAGGCGACGGACUUUGUCGCCCCGGGCAAGGGUACGUUCAAGAUGACGUUUGUCCCGGACGAUGCUUCCCAGCAGUCCCAAGAAUGGACCGUGUACCAUUUCAAUGACGCCGCGGGCGGGGUUGGCAUGGGCAUGUACAACACGAAGGAAUCGAUCCUUGGGUUUGCGCGGGCGUCUUUGGAAUACGCGUUGGACCGCAAGAUGCCGUUGUAUUUGUCCACCAAGAACACCAUCUUGAAGCGAUACGACGGGCAGUUCAAGGACGUGUUCCAAGACUUGUAUGACACGGAAUACGCUGCCAAGUACAAGGCCGCGGGCAUCUGGUACGAGCACCGGUUGAUCGACGACAUGGUGGCGCAAGUGCUCAAGUCCAAGGGCGGGUUCGUGUGGGCAUGCAAGAACUACGACGGCGACGUCCAGUCGGAUAUUCUAGCCCAAGGGUUCGGGUCGCUCGGGCUCAUGACGAGCGUGCUGUUGACCCCCGACGGUAAGACCAUGGAAGCCGAAGCUGCGCACGGUACGGUCACGCGGCACUUUCGCGUGCACCAAAAGGGCGGCGAAACCAGCACCAACUCGAUCGCGUCCAUCUUUGCGUGGACCCGCGGGCUGUUGCACCGCGCGGCGCUAGACCAGAACGCAGCGCUGAAGACGUUUUGCGAACAGCUGGAAGCGACCGUGAUCGAGACGGUUGAAAACGGCCAAAUGACAAAGGACUUGGCGCUGUUGAUCCACGAAGACAAGAUGGAGCGCAAGCACUGGCUCAACACGUUCGAGUUCCUCGAUGCUGUCGCGGAAAACCUCACUGCCAAGCUCACCUUGCACCAAUAAGUAUAAUACCCACUCCAUCACCACAAUGAACCCAAGUGGGAGGUUGUAAGAAAGCACGGAGUACAGUACCUACAGUAACUUCGCUCUUGCGAUAACAUUACGUGAGAGGACCUCUCGGUGGUGUAGGCUGACUCGACUGAUGAUGUAUGUACGAGUAACUACGUAGUAACUAGAACGUACUACUAGUUAGUAUAUAUAUAUAUAUAUAUA